AUGAGCAUCCCAGUUGCUUCUGUUCUUGCUGGUGGUUGCAUCCCCAUCAUCCGCGACGAGCGAGUCCAUCCUGCUGCUAACGGCGCUUACAACUUUGACGCAUCGUCAGGCACGAAUCUGGCGGUCCAGGAGGCGCUCAACAGGGAACCCUUCACCGUCCCAGAUGGCCAGGUUUUAUAUCUUUGGUUCGAUGUUAAUGGUUACCAACUUCAGUCGCCCUUCCUGCCCGUCGCCCAUGCAUUCCCCCACCCAAUCCUCGCCCACGCCCUCGAACAGAUCGAACAACGUCAGGAAUCAAGCAAGGGACAAGUCAACCCCUCUCGCCAAUAA